GCGCGACCGAAGCCGCCGACUCGCGAGAAAGAGAGUUCGAAAAAAGUCGUUUUUCCAGGGAAAAAGAUUCGCCGUGAAAUGAUCCCCCGCAGGAUGAGUCCGCACGCACGAUUCAUCGAUCCAACUUGAAGCCGAUCGGUCGGUCGGUCCGAAGAGCGCGACAGAAAGAAAGAUACCGUCGAGAGAAAGAUACCGUCGCUCGUUAACAAGAUGCGCAACAAUGUCCGGGAUAUCGAGGUCGUUACUAAUUGCCGACGAGAUGAAAUGGAGGCGUGCGCUCCUGCGGAUAAAUUCGUCAUGUGCCAAUUUCCCGAGAAAACCGACCGCCGUUAUGCCGUGAAAAUCUGCGCUUCUCCAGCUGUAACGGAUCGCGCGCGAUAAUGCGCGAUUAUGUGAUUAUAUGUGCCGUAAUCUAAGAUGACGCGCGCGUGAAUUUCGAGGCCUCGGAAAAAUCAGCCCCGGAAAGGACGCCGCCAGUCGGCAAUCGCGAUUGAUCGCGACGUGUGAUACAACCACGUGUGGAUCCGGCCGUUGGGCAACUACCGGGGAAACGUCGUAUGUUGGAAUCAAUGAAGGAACGCUUUGUAUCCCUCUUGUUUCGGAUCACGAAGGAUGGCGAUCGCGCGACGAUUGCGCGAUAAAACCGUCGAUCGAUCACGACGAUAUGGCCCCGCUUUCGUAUCCGCGCGGAGAUCGCUCUAAUAAAUCAAAUUCAAUUUGACAUCGCCCGAGAGAGAAAGAGAAAGUUAGAGAGAAAGAGGCGAGAGAGCGAGAGAGAGAGAGAGAGAGAGAGAGAGAGGGGAAAGGUGAAAAGGGAGUGGGAAGAAAGUGAGAUCGCCGAAAGGCUUUUAUCUAUGAGAGUGCUUCAUCACAUAUCGCUGAUUCUCGAUCGCGAUCGGUAAUACGUUAACGUCGCGAUCGACGGUCGCGAAACCGUCGGUCCGUGAGUCGAGUCCGCGAAAAUCAUCGUCGGGGCGACAGAGAGAUUUCGAGAUCGACGGCUUCCGCAACACUUCGUCUACACGGUCUGAUCUCGAGGACGACCGAAUCCGUUCGUCGCGAAGGAUCGGCAGUCUACAUUCGCGAACGUUACUGUUGCUCGUAAAAAAGAAUAAGAGAAACGAGAAAUAGUGACGUGAGUCACUAGCGGGCGAUAAACCCGGUUGCCCGAGGUUUCUGAGGAGCUACUGAAGGGUCUAUUACGGGGCUCUCUAUUGAGAACCAUAAGUUCCGGCGGAACGUAAGAUCGCGGAGAUACGCCGCGAGAGGAUCUAUCGAGCUUCCGGUGAAUUAAGGAGAAAGGCAAGGUUGCUAAGGAGAGAUGCUCUGAGGAGCCAUUCUCUCUUACCGCGCGCGGCAAUGAGACCUGCGGUUUAAGGAGCGGAAAGAUUCCCCCGGCAUUGUUAAAGCGCUCGUAUCGAUCUACGACAAUCGAAUAAAAUAUCGCGUCGUCGCUGCUGGAUGCUGGAAGCCGGCGACGUUGAGCGCGAAUGUCGCCGGGAAGUUCUAAUAUCGAUGUUAAAUUGAUCCCGCGGGGGAGCGGCCGACGCGUGCGCGCGAAAAGUUGAAUCGAUCUCGAGGAAUGCAUAAAUCGCGCGCCGAUGUUGACGGCGAGUCGGGCUAUUAGAGCGAGGACGACGAUCGCGUCGUAGGGAUGCCGGGAUCGAGGAGGAGCGGGAGGAUGUAACAAGCGGACGGUUGCGAAACGGAAAGAUGCGGAGCGGCUGAAGAUGAGUGCGUCAGGCUAUUGGUGCGCCCUCAUCCUGCUGACGUUCACGCAAGAUUCCCUCGGCGGCAGCCACUACGAGAAGCCCCAGAUCGAGAAGCCGAAGGAGUAUCUGCGGCAUCAGCAGAAUCACCGCUCGUCCCUCGCCGACCGCAAGCUCUUCGAGCCGACGGGCUUCGCGAUCCGCACGAACAACCCCGCGCCUCCGGCCGAGGACAUCCGGUCGGAUCGCGCGAUGGCGCAGAAUCACGUCUCGACGGAAACCGACCGGCCCGCCGGGGAAGCCUCGAUCGCCGCGGAAACGAGUCGCGCGGAAAUUCCGCCGACGGCGGAGCGUCACGGAACGCCGGAGACCAGCGCGCCGACGGAGGUCGGCCGGCCGAUCCCCUGGGCGGAGAUCGAGCAGACGGAGAUCGAGCGAUCGCAGAUCCGACACGGGAGGUCGAGGAGUCACUUCGCCAGGCAGAUGAUCGAGGACAGCUCGAAGGAUGCGGCGAACUCCGGCCGGUCCUUCGACAGGAUCAACAAGAGCAACGUUCGCCAGGAGGAGCAAGAGAGCCGCUUGAAGGCGCGCCGGGCGGACAAAACGAGCGAUUAUCAGGAAGGAUUGUCCGUCUACCCGUCGAGGCGCAAUCACUCGUGGCUCCUCGAGCGAAAUUCCUCGAAGGACGCGAACGGCCAAUCUCUCGAUCGAGCCGAGGACAACGUUCCGGAGGGGCCGGAAAGUUUGCUCAAGUUAUACCAGGCAAGAAGGGGAAACAUUCCCGAUGAAAGCUUCACCGUUCCCCUCAUGCGCAAUCACUUCUCCAAGGAUAAUUCGGCGAUCGCCGGCCUCCGAGCCUCCGAACGGAUCAAGAACGUGGCGCAGAAGGAGGCUGAGAGCGCGCUCAAAGCGCGCCAUUCGGAGAAUCACGGCGUUCUCCGUUCGAGCCCCGACUCCUUCAAAGAUCCCUUCAAGGACGACCCGCUGAGCAAAUUGAGAAAAGCGAUGUCCUCGAACAAGACGAUAGCCGCGUCGACGGAUCGCAAUACUACCGAAACGAUCGGCGUCGACCCGACAGCCGAGGACACCAGCGAGUCCUCGCGCGACCUCGAAGAGGAGAUCCUCCAAGACGUGGUGUUGGACUACACGAGCUACGAGGAGCCCGCGAACGCCUCCGAUCGCGGCCGCAAGAGGCCGGAAACGGCUCAGGUUGACAUAGUGACGCGUUUCCUGCGGAUAAUCGAGAAUCAGCACACUCUGGGUGAGAACUGCACCGCCGGCACCGAUCUGAAUCUCGGCGAAGGCGUGGUGGACCAAUACGCGCAAGAGAGAUUCCGGCUCGAGGCGAAUCUCGCCGUGAAUCGCGCCAACAUGCUCACCAGACUCUGGAAAUACGCCCCGGAAGUGAUGUUGUCCUCCGAAUAUUUGCUGCACGCGAGCGUACUCUCCAUGGUGGAGUUCGACGAGGACAUCUUCGCCGCCGGCAAUUGCUACGACAAACUGCAAUACAAGGACCGCUGGCUGUAUUGCCCGUUCGCCCAUCGGCUGCCAAAUCAGGACGGCAUUCUCGUGAAGGAUCUUGCGAUCGAAUACAAGUACUUGACCAACAGCAGCGAGUGGUUCUACAUCGCCCGGAAGAACGCCGAGAGGGUGAUCGCCAGCUACGAGCAGUUUAGUCGAGGAUUCCAUACUUAUACGCUGAAUGAAAGCAUGCACACGGAAAGGGAGGAGGACGAAAUCCUGACAGUGAAAUACGAGGAUGGCAGGUGGUCGAAACCGUAUUACGACUGCGGGGGUGGCAAUAUCUGGAUGCUGACCUAUACAGUACCCUUCUUCGGAUACGUCAACGACACCUACUUCUUCAAAAACGUAAAGGAAAAUCGUCGAUGUUUAACCUUUUUGCACAUAAAUUCAAUGGAAUACGAAUUUUGA